AUGUGUGUAACCUUUAUUGUAAUAUCUGAAGUUCGAUACAAGUGUAGUAAGGGCAAGGCAUCAGCCACUAGGUGGCACUGUGCACGCCUGCAAGUACUUAAGCCAUACAACUACUGUAAGUGCAAUGGUCAUUAGCUUACACGGGACUGAAAUACGUUUGUUUCAUUUGACGAUCAGUAGAAUUGCGUGGCAAUAAGCAUAUCUCUAAUAUGUUGUAUCUGGAAAUUGACUGACAGCCAUCAAAAUGUGGGGGACUAACCUCAUCUCUGGCGGAUUUACCUGAAGCACACCUGAGCAACCAGGGCACUCAUGGCGGGGGCGGCCCGUUUAUUCAACCGCUUCGAAACGUCUAAACUCGCGUGAUUAGUUACAUUGUAUGAUCAGCAGUAAACGUUUCUGAGAGACAUUGUGAACAUUUAAAGUGACGACCGAAAGUAGUCCAGCGUUGCUCAUGAAUUCCGAGGAGGAGGAGGAGGGGCUAGCUAGCUAACUACAGAUGUUGGCUAGGGGCUGCCGCUCACUUGAAGACGCCAGCUUCUCAUGUGCGACUUCCUGUUUGAUGACACACCGGUUUUUUUUUGGUGCAGCUUUAAGCUCAGUUCCCGUCCUUUUGAAGUUACUCGUCGGCACUGUUGACCCCCACUGCCAGGAUGGUCGUCGAGGCGGACGCGGCGUCCCAAGGCAGCGGCGUGCACUUGAAGCAGGAGAUCUCCCUCCUGCACGGCGUCUGCCUCAUCGUGGGGAACAUGAUCGGCUCUGGCAUCUUCGUCUCACCGAAGGGGGUCCUCAUGUACACGGGCUCUUUCGGUCUGUCCCUGGUCAUCUGGGCCAUCGGAGGCGUGUUCUCUGUGUUCGGGGCGCUGUGCUACGCCGAGCUGGGCACCACCAUCCGUAAAUCCGGGGCCUCUUACGCGUACAUCCUGGAAGCUUUCGGAGGCUUUUUGGCAUUCAUCCGGUUGUGGACGUCUCUGCUAAUUGUGGAACCAGCUUGUCAGGCGGUGAUUGCCUUGACUUUUGCUAGCUACCUGGUUCAGCCUUUCUACACCACCUGUACCUCCCCUUAUUAUGCUGUCCGACUCAUUGCUGUGGCCAUCAUAUGCCUGCUGACAUGCAUCAACUGUAUGAAGGUGAAGUGGGGAGCCAUUCUGCAGGUCAUCUCCACCGUGGCCAAAGUGCUGGCUCUGAUUGUCAUCAUCAUCACCGGCCUGGUCCAUCUGGCAAAAGAUGAUCGAAACUUUGAGGAGUCCUUCAAAGACUCCAAGCUGGACCCGGGCGACAUGGCUCUGGCUCUCUACUCGGCACUGUACUCCUACUCUGGCUGGGACACGCUCAACUUCAUCACAGAGGAGAUCAAGAACCCUGAGAGGAAUCUGCCUCUGUCCAUCGCUAUUUCCAUGCCCCUCGUCACCAUCAUCUACAUCCUGACCAACGUUGCCUACUACAGCGUCAUGGAUGCCGACAUGGUACUCAGCAGUGAAGCUGUUGCCGUGACCUUUGCAGACGGGACUCUGGGCUGGGCGCGCUGGCUGAUCCCGCUGUCUGUGGCUAUUUCCUGCUACGGCGGUCUCAACUCCUCCAUCAUCGCCGCCUCCAGGUUGUUCUUUGUUGGUUCCCGAGAAGGCCACCUCCCCAACGUCCUGUCCAUGAUCCACAUUCAGCGCUUCACUCCCAUUCCGGCCCUGCUUUUCAAUGGCGCCAUGUCUCUGGUGUACCUGACCGUGCCGGAUGUGUUCCGCUUGAUCAACUACUUCAGCUUCAACUACUGGCUCUUCAUCGGCCUGUCCAUCGCCAGCCAGAUCUACCUCCGCUUCAAGGCCCCCAACUUGCACCGACCCGUAAAGCUGUCCUUGUUCUUCCCGUUUGUCUACUGCCUGUGCAGCAUCUUCCUGGUGGUGGUGCCCCUCUACAGCGACACCAUCAACUCCCUGGUGGGGAUUGCCGUGGCGCUGUCCGGCGUGCCCGUCUACUUUGUCUGCAUCCACCUGCCGCGCAGCGCCAGGCCAGCAUUCUUUGGCAAAAUUCUCAACGCCAUCUCGUCUUACACCCAGAAACUGUGCUACUGCUGCGUGGCCUCGCCUGACAUCGACCUGGACAACAUCGACCCCGACAAGAUGGAGUGAUGGACAGAGCGGGAGAGGGAGGGACGGCAACUGUGAGCCGGAGACAAUCUUUACCCGAUUUUUUCCUUUUUUUUUUUUUUUGAAAGAGGAAAAAGAGGUGCAGGCACAAAUACAGUACAUGCUACCAGUUGGCAGUAAGACGUCCGGUAGCCACCGUCUUUGAUCGAGAUGCUAAAAUCCAUGAAGCUAUACAAACGUGUGCUGUUCACCACGUUUGCACAUUUUACAUGUUCUGUUUUUAGAACAUUUUUUUUUUACCUGUAUACUGUCGCCACACCUUUUAUUUUUUGGUUUUUAUUUUCACAGUAUGAUGCAUGCAGCUUCCUGGUGCCUCCUAGUGGUAGCAAAGAAAAGUGUUUUGUUUUUCUUGUUUAGGGUUGUACCAGUUCUGACACCACUUGAUCAGAGGUGAAACUCCAAUGUGCACUGUGGCUCUUCUCAUCUUACCCUCUCUGCUGGUUGCCUUCAGGUUCCUACACACUUGACGCUCACUGGGGGUGCACGAUAAUGGUGGGGACUGAUAUCAGAGUCAGGACAAAGCAGGAAGUUGGAAUGUAUAUCGUGCAUCUGUAAUAUUUACAUAUUGCUUGAAUGUCAUGUUGCCUUCAGAAUAUUUUGCCGGCUUGGGCCUUUUUUUGGUCCUCUAGUUCUCAUCUUGGUCGUGUGCCAUCAGGGUCACGAGGGCGCCGUAGCACCACCCUCGUCAUCUCUGUGCCUUUCGUGAGAGUUUCUUGCCAACGUCCGUGCGUGUAGUUGCCAAAUUCGCCAGUCCAGGUAUUGUAGUUGAAAAUGCCACACCAUUGGGUGACAUUUGUGGUUAUUUGUGCCAGCAAACAAACGCACAAGCCAUGUCGGCAUUGCUCCCACUUGGGAAAAUUUCAAUCUAUCGUUAUCGGGAUUGUCUUAUAUAUCUCGUCUUCUUAGCUGUAUUUUAAUCAAAGAGCACUCAGCCUUUAACGUUGUGGUUUGACGUAUAUUAUUGUGCCUCAUUGGACCUCAAAUGUGUGUACUUGGACAAAUGCCGAAGUGCUUGUUGUUGUUUAUUUAUUUUAUUAAGAACAACCAUUUGAGAUUUUUUUCUUACCUAGAGUGUGUUGUGUUGUUGUUUGUUUUAUAAAUAAAUGUGAAUAAAGGUGGAAUAUUUUCAGCAUA